AUGCCGGAGAAGCCUCCACUGCUCCGCCGCCGCCGCCCGACGGCGGCGGCGGGGAGCUGGGUCCGGUCCCUCCACUGCAAGUCCAUGGCGGCCGACGACGUGGCCGCCAGAGUCGCGACGACGGCGCCCAUCAAGAAGCUCCACCCGCUCCUCCCGCGCGCUGGCUGCGGGAGCUCCGGCGACACCCUCAACCACGUCGUCUCGUCCAAGCUCACCAGCAGGCCGAAGCCCAAGCCCAAGCCGAGUCCCGAACCGGCGAAGAAGAAGACGGCCAAGCCGAAGCCGGUGUCUGUGCCGCCGUCGCCGCCUCCGGGGCCUCUCGGCCCGGUCCCGGCGCUCACCGAGCUCCCGGCGGGGCACUCGUCGCGGCAGGUGGUGGAGAUCAUCUUCCUCUCCUCGUGGUCAUCUCCGGUUCCACAACCUCCGCCUCCCCCGGGACCGCCCACCACCACCACCACCACCAGCAGCGGCGCGUUCCCGGGUGUGGUGGAGAUGCUGUUCCGCGUGCACAACCCGGCGCGCGCCGUGGCGCGCUUCGAGGACUACCGCGCCGCGGUGCGCGCCCGGGCCGGCGGGGCCUCGCGCAGCGCGGCCGACGGCAACGAGAUGAUGCGCUUCGCCCCGGCGCCGCCGACGUACGGCUCCUCGCCCUCCUCGGCGGGUGCCGCGACGACGGGCGGCGAGGAGGACGGCCCCCCGCGCAUCCGGACGUUCGACGGCAGCGGCGGCGCGCACGCCAGCGCAGCGCGUGGGCCCGCGGCCGGCCGCCGCGCCAUGUUCCUGUGCAGGGUCAUCGCCGGCCGCGUGGCGGAGGCGGAGGCGGCAGCCGCCAAGGACGACCACUUGGACUCCGUCCGGGUCGGCAGGGGCGGCGAGCUGGUGGUGUUCGACCGGCGCGCCGUGCUCCCCUGCUUCCUCAUCAUCUACAAGCUGUAA